GGGAAGAAUGUUCCUUACAUUGGUGGUCAGUGGGAAGAAUGAUCCUUACAUUGGUGGUCAGUGGGAAGAAUGCCACUUACAAUGGUGGUCAAAGGGAAGAAUGUUCCUUACAUUGGUGGUCAGUGGGAAGAAUGAUCCUUACAUCGGUGGUCAUUGGAAAGAAUGCCCCCUUACAUUUGCGGUCAAUGGGAAGAAUGUUCCUUACAUUGGUGGUUAGUGGGAAGAAUGCUCUUUACCUUGGUGGUCAAUGGAAAGAAUGCUCUGUACAUUCGUGGUUAGUGGGAAGACUGUUCCUUACAUUGGUGGUCAGUAAAAAGAAUGUUCCUUACAUGUGUGAUUAGUGGGAAGAAUGUUCCUUACAUUGGUGGAUAGUGGGAAGAAUGCUCUUUACAUUGAUGAAUAAUGGGAAGAAUGCCCCUUACAUUGCUG